UCCGGCUCCCGUUGGUUGGUGUGUUGGUUUCCUGACUCGGUGAACCGUCAGCCGCCGUCGUCCAGGACCAGAGACCGCAGAGGGUUGUAGUCAUGUCGGCAGCUGCUCCGGGGACCAGCAAGGCGGCUCACGGUGAUGUGGCCGCCAAGAAGAAGAAGGGCCCCGGUGCCCUGGCCACGGCCUACCUCGUCAUCUACAACGUUGUUAUGACAGCGGGGUGGCUGGUGAUCGCUGUGGGUCUGGUGAGAGCGUACGUGGCCAGAGGAAGUUACCACGGGCUGUACUACUCCAUAGAGAAGCCUCUCAAGUUCUUUCAGACUGGAGCCAUUCUGGAGAUCCUGCACUGUGCUGUAGGAAUCGUACCGUCCUCUGUGGUCCUGACUGGAUUCCAGGUCAUGUCCCGGGUCUUCCUCACCUGGGCCGUCACACACAGCGUCAGAGAGGUGCAGAGUGAGGACAGCGUGCUGCUGUUCGUCACAGCCUGGACCGUCACAGAGAUCAUCCGCUACUCUUUCUACACCUUCAGCCUCCUCAACCACCUGCCGUACCUCAUCAAAUGGGCAAGGUACACCUUUUUCAUCGUGCUGUAUCCCAUGGGAGUGACCGGGGAACUGCUGACCAUCUAUGCAGCGCUGCCGUACGUGCAGAAGACGGGCCUGUACUCCGUCACCCUCCCCAACAAGUACAACUUCUCCUUCGACUACUACACCUUCCUCAUCCUCGUCAUGAUCUCCUACAUUCCCCUCUUCCCCCAGCUUUACUUCCACAUGAUCCGACAGAGGAAGAAGGUCCUGGGCCACGUGGAGGACUACAGCAAAGUGGAGUGAGCCGAGCAGUGUCCAGACGCACCUGACGGAGGAACCAUGAACCAAAACACCAGAAGAAGAAGAAGAAGAAGAAGAAGAGGAACAACAUCACGUCUGCUUAAAGAAACCAGUGUCCAAACUGCCAGAGCUGACCUGGCACCAGAUCCAAUUAUCAGCUACUUUAUUUUCCAGCUGUCGUCCGGGUUGUAAAAACGCUCACAAUCAUGAAUGAACUGGUUUAUUUUGUUGUUGUUAUUUUUAUUUAUGAACAAACUGCAGUUAUUUGGUUUAUCAGGAUCA